UGUUGAUAUCUUCAGAGAUUUGUACACAGGUGACAGAUACCCGAGUUUUAGAAUCGACAGGAGCAUCGCACUUAACGACUAUCUUAACUCUCUGAAUAAUUUGUGAAGGCUUAUCUUUACUGAAUUUGCAUCAUGAAGUUCGUCAGAUUUAUCAUGAAGAAUGCUGCGCUGGCAAAUGUGCCCAAGCACAUUGACCAUUUCUCAAAAUUUUCUCCAUCUCCUUUGUCAAUGAAGCAGUUCUUGGAUUUUGGUUCCACGAACGCCUGCGAGAAGACCUCAUUCGCCUUCCUGCGGCAAGAGCUGCCUGUCCGGCUGUCCAACAUCAUGAAAGAGAUUAGCCUUAUGCCUGACCGACUGCUCACUACCCCAUCUGUGCAGCUUGUGCAGAGUUGGUACAUCCAGAGUCUAAUGGAAAUCCUGGAAUUCCUGGACCACAGACCUGAUGACCACAGAGUUUUAGAUGCGUUUAACGAUGCCUUGGUGACCAUCAGGAACCGGCACAAUGAUGUUGUGCCCACCAUGGCUCAGGGAAUCAUUGAAUACAAAGACGCGUUUGGUCAGGACCCCGUCACCAGCCAGAACAUCCAGUACUUCCUGGACCGCUUCUACAUGAGCCGCAUCUCCAUCCGCAUGCUCAUUAACCAGCACACUCUUAUCUUUGACGGGACCACAAAUCCUGCCCAUCCAAAUACUAUCGGGUGCAUUGACUCCCAGUGUGACGUCACAGAAGUUAUCCGAGAUGCCUUUGAGAGUGCCAAGAUGCUCUGUGAACAGUACUACCUGGGGGCUCCUGAACUCGAGAUGACGGAGAUUAACGCUAACAGCAGGAAUGACCCAAUCUCCAUAUCUUACAUCCCUUCCCACUUGUAUCAUAUGCUGUUUGAGCUCUUCAAGAAUGCUAUGAGAGCGACCAUUGAGACACAUGAAGCAAGUAACAAUCUUCCUGCAAUCAAAGUUACGGUGGCCUUAGGUGGAGAAGACCUCACAAUUAAGAUGAGCGAUAGAGGUGGUGGUGUUCCCUUCAGGAAGAUCGAGAGACUCUUCAGUUACAUGUAUUCUACAGCUCCACGACCAACUAUUGGGGACCACCAGAGAGCCCCACUGGUAAGCGGGUGACAAACACAAAUACAGGAACACACUCACAUUCACACUCACAUUCACACUCACAUUCACACUCACA